AUGGGCUACUCUACACAACUCCAGGGCAAGUUCGGCACCAAGGCGCCCGAGCCCCUGCCCGAGUUCUACUCCGAUCACCCACUCCAUCCCGCCAUCGUGCACUUCCCAAUCGCCUUCAAUAUCCUCGCCUGGUCUCUCGACCUGAUCUACUUCUUCACCACGACCUAUGUCAAGCCCAACUUCCUCACCACGCGCUUCGGCGCCGCAACCACACUCGUCGACAUCACCCGCCUCUCCUACUUCCUCCUCUGCGCCGGCCUCAUCUCCACCGUCCCAGCCAUCAUGUCCGGCAACAAGCAGCUCGUGGGAAUGAUCUCCAAGAACGGCGGACCAUGGGAGAAGGACGAGGCUGGGAAGCAAAAGAGCACCAUGGUGCCACGCAUCAAGGUGGCCAUCACACACGCGAUCGUCAACGAUAUUAUCUUCCUGGUCAACCUCUACAGCUGGUGGGUUCGUCGUGGCACCGAGGCGACGAGCUGGAACCCUGGCAAGACGCCCUCGCAUGCCAAUUUUGUCAUUGCGUGCACUCUGCUGCCUAUGCUUAUGGCAAGCAGCAAUGCUGGCGCUACGUUGGUUUACAAUCAUGGUGUUGGGCUGCACCUUGGCCGUAAGAAGUUCGAGUGA